AUGUUAAGCUCAGAUAUGAUUAGUGAAAUAUUAUCUCAAUACUCUGGAGGAGUUCCCAUUUUGGUUGGAUUUGUGAGUACCUGUUUAUUAGGUUCUGCCCUAUUAGAAUGGAUACUUUCAGUGGUAUUUGUACGUCAACCUCCCACUACUGUUGCAUUAUUUUGUUAUGGAAUGUUUCUUAGCUAUAUUUGUGAAUCAUUCUCAUUAGGUACCUUGGCUGAAGGAGUACGUAUAGUAGAGCGUACAGAUCCAAAUGUAAUUUUUUAUGUACUACUACCAAUAUUCUUAUAUGAAUCUUCUGCAACUCUUAAUUUUCAUGUUUUUCGGCGUAAUCUUCCUUCUUCACUUCUAUUAGCAGGGCCUGGAGCUAUUAUGACGAUGAUUUUAUUGGCUAUGGCAGUUCGCCUCAUAUCACGCUUAGAUUGGAUUGUAUGUUUUUUAAUUAGCUCAGUUUUAUCAGCAACAGAUCCUGUAGCUGUUAUUGCAUCUUUGCACCAAUUAAAUGCACCAGAAAAGUUGGCAUCUGUUGUUGAUGGUGAAUCUUUAUUGAAUGAUGGUGCAGCUGUAGUAUUUUUUGAAGUUUUCCGUACUAUAAUGACAUCAGGUGGGUUAUCAUUUAGUCAUUCACUUUGGACAUUUAUUAGAUUAGCUAUGGGAGGUCCAUUUGUUGGAUUUGUAGUUGGUUUUUUGAUUUCUGUUUGGUUAAGAGCUGCUCAAGCAUUAGGAGGUGUCCAAAUAAUUGGUGUUACAGCUUCUGUAUAUUUUGUAUUUUUUAUAGCUGAUGAAUUACAUACUUCUGGCGUAUUAGCAACUGUAUCUUUUGGUCUAUUUAUCUCAGCAUGGGCUCCUACAUGUUUUAGACCUAAGAUCCAAGAAUCACAUUUACAUUUUGUAAAGAUAUUUGCUCAUUUGGCAAAUCAUUUAAUAUUUGUACUUUCAGGAGUAGUAAGUAUGCGUAUAUUUCGACCUUUUUGGUCUGAUGGACGUAUUUGGAUUAAUUUAAUAUUAGUUUAUAUUGCAAUGAAUGCUGUUAGAGGUGUGAUGGUAGGAGUAUUAUCACCUUUUUUACGUAGAGUUGGUUCUGAUAUAUCUUUUAAAGAAGCUGUAAUUCUAAUAUAUGGAGGUUUACGUGGAGGUGUUUCUAUGGCAUUGGCAAUGGUAUUUGAGGGUGAUUCAGGAGUGGCAUUAAAUACAAGAGCUGAAGUUGCAUUUUAUAUUGCAGGAGCAGUUUCAUUAUCUUUAUUAGUAAAUGGAACAACUGUAGAAACACUUUAUAGAAGACUCAAAAUAUAUGCAGUUCAGAAUUUCCGCAGAGCAUUUCUUUUAAAAGUCAUGGAAAGUAUAGAUGAUGAAUAUGUUAAAGCAGUUGAAGAACUUAAAUUCCAUUGGUUCUUUGAGCACCAUCCAUAUGUUUUAGAUGCGGCAAAUCUCUUGGUUCCAAAAUUAAAAGAUGGUUAUUUAGACUUUUAUGGGGAUUUCCAUAUUCUCCUUACUCCCCCAGCUCAUGUAUUUGCAAGAUUAAAUGUAAAGGGAAUUGAUUCACUAUCUACUGAACCAAAAAAGAUUAGAGCAAAUCAAUCUGCUAUUGAAGACCUUGAAACAGGGAAUUAUAAUAAUGAAUUUAUGAAUAUAGGUAGUAUGGGGGCAAGCUUAGGACGUGAAAGAUCUAGGUCAGCUCUUGUUGGAGUAGAUGGACUUGAUAUUGAUCAACGUUGUUGGAAUAUUAUUGCAACCUCUGUUAAAAUGGCAAAAAGUCAACCAUCAGUAACAUCUAGUGCUAGAGGAAGUGCUAUGCUGAUAAUGGAUGAAGAUGAAACAGAAUUGAUCUCAGAUACAACAAAUCAAAAAAAUAAUAUUAAUACUACAGAUAAUCUCACUAAUUUAGAUCAUCACUCAAAUGGUAAUUCAGAUUUAUCUAGAGGCCCCUCAUUGGGAGUUAAAGAGGAACGCUCACAUUCAGAAUCAACCCCACUAUUAAAAGAUGAAGAUGAAAAACAGUCUGUUUCAUUACAAAUAAAACGACAUACAUAUGAUGAGACAUCUGUAUUAGUUUCUACUGAAGAAACUCAGCAUGUAUGUGAUACCAAGGGAAGAAGUCCUACUUUUGCUCCUUUAUUAAUGGCAACAGGUUCUUUACAUACAUUUGCUGAACAAGAAUUACUUGUAUGUAAUAUGGUCUUUAAUACUUGUUGGCAAAGUUAUGAUCUUAUGUUUCGUAAGCAUAUCAUAUCUGGAACAUCACUUUUAACAUUAAAGAAAGCUAUUAAUAAAGCCAAUCAUACUACUGCAGAAGAACCUACAAAUGCUUUUACUGCUGAAUGGGAAUCAAUUAGAAAUGAUCUUGGAACUACAAAGCCAUCUAAUGCCAUAUUUAAUAUGUGGAAAUCUGAUUUUGAACGUAUUUUACAUGAUAUGGAGGUACUAUUUGCUUUUAUUAAUGCGAAUAUGGAUUUAAUGAAAGCUGGAGGCUUUGAAGUUGAAUGUUUGUUAGGUGCUUCACUUCUGGAUUCAUACAAAAGACGAAUGGUUCAAGCAAAGCAAGAACUCUCCCGAUUACGUGAUCAUUAUUUUAAUCAUUAUAUUAUGGGUCUUACUAUUAUAGCUACUAACAUGUCGCUCAAUGUAAAGGAACUCAUUGUAUCUGUUGAGAUGGAUAGAGGGAUUCUUUUAGAGGAGGAUGAAGAAAAAAUUAUUGAUGUCCUUGAGCAGCAAAGACUUGCUUUAGAUGCUUUUAUCUCACAGGGGGCUGAAAUUCAAUCAAUGUAA